AUGGAAGAGUCAAAAGACCGUAAAGGCGUAAAGCAUGGCAGUGAUGUCAACCUCAAUUGCCGCUUUUACCGAAACCAGUUCCCUAAAAUUGAUGACAUCGUUGUCGUAGAAGUCCAACGUGUAGAAAAUGAAGGCGCCUACGUCUCUUUAUUGGAAUACAACAAUAUCGAAGGAAUGAUUCCUCUCGGCGAGCUUUCACGCAAAAGGAUAAGAUCAGUGACGAAACUUACCAGAAUAGGCAAACAAGAGUUUGUCACAGUAAUUAGGGUAGACGAAGCCAAAGGGUAUCUAGAUCUGUCCAAAAAACGAGUGGCUCCUGAAGAAAUCCAAGAAUGUGAGAGCAAAUUCAAUAAGUCCAAGACCGUAAAUAGCAUUCUUCGGCAUGUUGCACAGACUACAAAAACAGACAUUGAAGUAUUGUAUGAAACUAUUGGCUGGCCUCUUUAUGAUAAAUAUGAGCAUGCUUAUGAUGCGUUCAGGCUAGCUGUUACUGACCCGAAUUCUGUGCUGGAAGGGAUUGAAAUGACUCCAGAAAUCAGAAAUUCUUUGCUUGCAGUAAUAAGAACAAGACUUUCUCCACACCCAGUUAAUAUCAGAGCUGAUUUUGCAGUCACUUGUUUUGAAUAUGAAGGGAUUGACUCUAUUAGAGACGCUCUUUCAGCUGGCGCUGCAAUGGCAACUGAUAGAAUCCAGGUGAAAAUAAGACUGAUAGCAGCCCCUGUGUUUGUUUUGGUAGUCACAACAAUUGAUAAAAAUCAGGGAAUGAUUUUGGCUAACAGUGUGCUGAAGAAGAUUAUGGAAGAAAUAAAAGCAAGAGGUGGAAACUUUGUUAUGAAAGAAGAGCCUCAUUUCUUAAAUGAUCAGGGAGAUCUAGACCUUGAGGAGUAUAUACAAAAACAAAAUCUGGCUAAGCAUGUUGAAGAAGGUGAAGAGGAAAAUGAUGAAGGAAUGGACGUGGAUAUUGGAAUUGACACAAAUGCUAUUGAUGCCAAGCAGGAGUUGGAAGAGGAAGGUGAUGAAGGGGAAGGAGAGGAAGAAGAAAAAAAUGAAGCUUAA